UUUUUAUAUGUCACACGUAAUGUGGGCCAGUCGAUACCAAUUUCCACCUGGUUUUGUCUAACUGGGCGAGAUUGAUAAAUACCUUUUGCUAAAUAGGUCUAUUCAGAUAUGACAGAUUACAAAGAAGAACAGAGAAAUGAAAUUGAAGCUUUGCAGUCUAUUUAUCCAGAAGAAAUUGAAUUGAUCAAAGAAGAACCAAGCUUUAUAUUCACCAUUAAUGUUCAGUCCCAAGAUGAAGAGAGUCAAAAUGAUGAAGAUAAAUGUGCCUGCUGUACGAUACAGUUCUCACUGGGGGAGAAAUACCCGGAUGAAGCUCCGGUUAUAGAGAUUACUGAAUACAGCAACCUGGAGGAUGAUCAGAUUGAAGAGCUCAUGAAUUACUUGAAUGAACAGGUGGAAGAGAACCUGGGGAUGGUGAUGGUCUUCACGCUGGUGUCUGCCGUUCAGGAGAGAAUGACGGUGCUGGUGGAAGAACAGAAGAAGCGAGUGGAGGAUGAGAAGAAUCGGAGAGAGAGAGAGGAGGAGGAGGCGGAACAGAAACGUUUUGAGGGCACAAAGGUCACGAUAGAAAACUUUGUUGCUUGGAAGACCAAGUUUGACGCAGAAAUGGCCGAGUUGAAGAGACUCAGGAGUCAGACAGAACAGCAAGCUAGCAAUAAACUAAGUGGCAAAGAAAUGUUCCUACAAGAUGCUACCAUGAAUGAAUCUGAUGUUCAGUUUUUGAAAGAUGACACUGACUCUGUGGAAGUUGACGAGUCUCUCUUUCAAGACAUGGACGACUUGGACCUUGACGAUGAUGAAAAUGCAGGAUGAUAUAUAUUUUAAAUAGUGUAUUAUAAAAUUAUGUAAAUAAAUGUACAAAACUU